AUAGCACUAUCUUCUCUUGGGGGAAGGCCUACAAGCUUGGUAACGGAUGCGACAUCAACUUUUGGUUAGAUCGGUGGUGUGGGGAUAACACGCUAAACCUUUUAUUCCCCGAGGCUUUCCUCUUGUCCGACGGAAAAAACCUAAAAGUUAGUGACUGCUUUACGAGGGGUAGUUGGGAGUGGAGUAGGAUUUUGGGAGUCGUUUACAACCAAGGGCAAGGGACGAGAACCAGCCUCGCGAAGCUCAAAGAUAGGAUUUCACAGUAUUCCACGGAGAAUAGAUCAGAUACUAUACAAUGGCGAUGGAGCAACGAUGGUUCUUACUCUGUAAAAAUCGAUCUAUGUGUCGUUGUCGGACGGAGGUACGAGGGAUGUGCGUGCAUCUCAUCUGUGGAGAGUCAAAAUCCCUCUUAAGGUUAAAGUGUUCUGCUGGCUGGUCCUUAAUAAGAGAAUCCCUACGACCGAUAGAUUAACUAAAAGAGGUUGGGUUCAAGACUCAACCUGCGUACUAUGCGGGUCGGCCGAGGAAACAGUAGACCAUCUGUUCACCAGGUGUGUUUUUAGCAAGUUCAUCUUAGUGUCGGGUGUUGAUGGAGUUCAGACUCUAGACAUGGAGGAUGAGGUUAACCGUGCUUGGGACAAGUGGAGGAUUAGAAAGAGCCGAAGGAAGAAAAGGGACUGCCUUACUGAUUUAGCCGGUUGCUGGUGGUGCAUUUGGAAGGCCAGAAAUGACAUGAUCUUUAAGACAAUCCAACCAAACCCUGAGAGGGUUGUUAUCACUCUCCGGCAGUUACUGAAGGAGGCCCUAGUUGCCCCCAUGGUUAGUAAAUUCGCGAAUAAUUCGCGAAUUUUUGGAAAAACGAAUUUUACGGCCGUUUACGUAUUUUUCCCAAAAAUUCGUAAAAAAUCGCGGUUUUUUGGUGAAAUAUUCUUGUUCGCGUUUAAUUCGCGGUUCGCAAAUUAAACGCCUGAAAAAAACGGCGCCGGGUCGCAGUCGCGGGCGGGCCUCGCGGGUCACGG